CGCGCGGUACCGUCGUUUGUAGUACGAUACCGUGUUCUCCGCCACGGGACUUGCGCUCGUGCUACCUGUCCGUGCUAUAAACUGACCUGUCCGUCACGGGCCCUGCGACCCUCAGUUUGCAACGUGCACUGCCAGCAUGCGGCAUGCGGUGCGUAUCGGUUCCGCACGCUUCGCCGUCCCGAGACGCUCCGUCCUGACCGUGCUCGUGCUGGGCCUGGCAACGUUUGGCGUAGUGUUCUUCUUCCUUCCGUACAACGUCAGUGUGUCGCUGACCUCAAAACGGUUGCUUGCUCCGGUCAUAGAAGAAGGAUCCAACCAGCCGGCACCCCUAUCGGCUGGCGAUGUGGCACCAGAGGGGACGAGCACCAACGUGGCCUUGACGCAGGCUACGGAGCAACCCAGUGGCAAUGGAUUUCGCGCGGAGGAAGUGAAGGACCCGAAGGAUGAAGGUUUCCGCUUCACCUACACGACCCUUGGGUUGGACCCACGGCUACCGGUGCCCCCGGGGGAUAUGGGUGAGCCGGUGAAAGUGAAUCUCUCGGACCCCGAGAUAGCCACGAUGAUCAGUGAGGGCAUGAAGCGCCAGGGCUUCAAUCAGUACUCAUCCGACAUGAUGUCCGUGCGGCGUCGGCUGCCCGAGAUCCGUGAUCCGUGGUGUGCGGAACCGGGCCGCUUUCUGGCCGAUCUUCCGGCGACAUCGGUUGUGAUCGUGUUCUUCAACGAGGCGUGGUCGGUGGUGCUGCGGACUAUCCACUCCGUGCUUGACCGCUCACCGCCCCAGCUGGUCAAUGAGAUUGUGCUCGUCGACGAUUGUUCCUCGUUACCCAACUUGAGGGCCGAACUGGAUGAGUACUUUCGGUCGUACCAAAAGGUGCGCGUAAUCCGGGCACCGAAGCGAUUGGGAUUGAUCAGGGCCCGGAUUUUCGGGGCCAAAAACACCACCAGCGAUGUCAUCACGUUUCUGGAUGCCCACGUUGAGUGUACGAUCGGCUGGCUGGAGGCGUUGAUCGAUGUGGUAGCCCGUAACGCCACUACGAUCGCCAUCCCAACGAUCGACUGGAUCGACGAGAAGACUAUGGCGCUCAUCUCGGACAAAGCGCCCAUCUUCGUCGGGGCGUACGAUUGGGACCUCAACUUUGGCUGGUGGGGUCGAUGGUCGCUGCACAAGAAGCACGAGAACAAGAUUGAGCCGUUCGAUACGCCUGCGAUGGCCGGAGGGCUCUUUACGAUCAAGCGAGCGUUCUUCGAGCGGCUCGGCUGGUACGACGAGGGGUUCGACAUUUACGGCAUCGAGAACAUUGAGCUGUCGAUGAAGAGCUGGAUGUGUGGCGGGAAGAUGGUCACCGUGCCGUGCUCACGGGUGGCUCACAUCCAGAAGGCUGGCCAUCCGUACCUGAACAACGAGAAGAAGGACGUGGUACGGUCGAACACGCUACGGCUGGCCGAGGUGUGGAUGGACGAGUACAAGCAGGUGAUCUUUGACAUCCACGGCAUACCGCACUACCUGGAGGAAGAGUUCGGCUCGGUGGCCGAGCGGAAGGCGGUCCGCGAGCGAGCCAACUGCCGGGACUUCCGGUACUACAUCGAAACGGCGUUCCCCGAGAUGCACAGUCCGUUCAUCGAGGGCUCGUUCCGGGGUGAGGUUCAUAACACCGUCCUGGGGGAUGGCAUGUGCCUCGAGUGGCGCCCUGCCGACGCCUACCUCGGAAUGUCCGCGUGUGACGGGAAGCAAAGGACACAGUACUGGACGCACAACUACUACGAGGAGCUGAACAGCUACCGAAAUUGUAUCGAUUUCACCGGCAGCUAUCUCGGCGUGUACGGGUGCCACCGGAGCCGGGGCAAUCAGGCGUGGAAAGUGCACAAAAAUACGGGUCUGCUGGAGAGCGUGAAGUACUCCAAGUGCCUGGCGCUCGACCUCGCAAAGAACACCACGCUGAAGAUGGAGGAGUGUGAUGCGAAGCGGGAUGCCCAGCGGUGGAUCCUCAACUUCACCGUAAUCGAUGUGUCGCCGUUCAAAAGCACACCCUAGAAGCGCACGGUCACCGUUUCCUGGCCACUAAUC